GUCUGAGUGUAUUAAGUGCCGUGCCGGCCUGUCCGCACUGUAGCGAGUGGCGCCCCGCCCUCCUCUGUGAUCACGUGAUCUUGUGACCGCCGACCAAUUCCUGGCCGGCUGGGUCAGUCGGUGCCGGGCAGCCAGCCAAUACAGGCCUAUCGAGGACGCGGACUUUACAGUGGCGACGAGGCAACCACUCACAGGCGGCGAUGACCAACGAGAGCAAGGUGACCAGCCCUCCUGGAAUGUCGGCUAUUGGCAUCGGUGAAUACCAGGCGAGUACAGAUUGGCAAGAAUAUGUCGAAAGAUUUGAAUUUUCUUGUUUUGCACAAGGUAUCACUGAGGAUGAGCGCAAAAAAGCCUUAUUACUUGCAUCUGUUGGCCAAGAAACUUAUACGAGUAUCAAGUCAGUUUUGUCACCGGCAUCACCUGUUGGACUUCCAUAUGUGGAGUUGUUGGAGCGAGUGGGUCGGCAUUUAGCACCCAAGCAAUCAGUGAUACUCAGCCGGUUUAAGUUCAAUCAGUGCAUUCAGGAACCUCAUCAGUCAGCUGCUGAUUACGUCGCUAGCCUCAAGAGAUUGGCCGAAAAAUGUGAUUUUGGUCAGACUUUGGACAGCAUGCUUCGUGACAGACUUGUGUGCGGGGUCAAAGACUCCGUGUUGCAGAAGCGGCUUCUGGCGGAGGAGGACUCCCUGACGUUCGUCAUGGCCGAGAGGUUGGCGUUGGCGGCGGAGUCGGUCACCAGAGACGUGGGUCAGCUCGCGGCGGGCCGUGCCGUCGGUUCGCUGGAAUCUGAAGCGGUACACCGCGCCGAUCAGCUGAUUUCUGACCGGCAGCGCGCCGGUUCCGUGACCGGGUCAAGGUCAGUGGGUCGCGGUCGAGCCGCGGCGGCCGCCGGGUCGCGGCAGGCUGGCCGGCCGGGGCGGGGGACCGGUGACCGACCGGGAGGGUCCGAAGCAGCCGACAUGAGGCGGCGUCAGGACUGCUAUCGAUGUGGUGGUAUGCAUAACCCACGGAACUGUCGAUUCCGCGACUAUCACUGUCAUAGCUGCGGUGAGCUGGGGCACCUGAAACGCAAGUGUGUUCGAAGUGUCCAUGCUGUAACCGACCCUCCUGCAGUUCAGAAUGAUGACAGUCAGAGUGAGUCAGAUGUUUGCAGUAUCUACUCUGUUGGCCGCCCCAAGUGUCCCCCGAUCACCGUCGAGGUACUGGUUUUCGGUGUCCCUGUGCGGUUUGAAGUUGACACCGGGGCUGCUAGCACUCUGAUGACCGCCGAAACGUUCCGGAAUGUGUCGGACAACGGGGGGCAUGGCGGGCUGACGCUCUCCAGGUCAGAGGCGAGGCUGCGCUCGUAUACGGGAAACGCCAUCCCUGUCAUCGGUGAGUUCAGCGCCGUUGUGAGGUACGAAAGCCAGCAUCUGGACCUGCCCGUUCUGGUCGUCGAGUCACACGGGCCGAAUCUGCUGGGCCGUGAUUGGUUGGCGACACUGAAGCUUGACUGGUGCGGCAUCAAACAGGUGAGAAACCUGGGUGAGUCACCUGGCGAUGUAGUAGGCAAGCUGAAGGCCAAGUACAAUGAUGUGUUUUCAAAGGAGCUGGGAUGUUUCAAGGAUGUCGAAAUUUCUUUUGACGUUGACCAGACUGUGUCGCCCCGGUUCAUGAAAGCACGACACCUACCCUAUGCUUACAGGCGCCGGGUGGAGGAGCAGCUUCAGGCGGAGGUGGAAGCCGGUGUCCUAGAGCCGGUGAAGUCGUCAGACUGGGCCUGCCAGAUCGUUCCAGUCUUGAAGCCGGACGAGGGAGAUGGAGAAGCUGCUGGCCGGUCUGCAGAAUGUGUUCGUCUUCCUGGACGACGUGCUCGUCUCUGGGUGCGACGAAGUGGAGCUGCUGAAGACUGUGGAGGAGGUGCUGCGGCGUUUCCAGGACGCUGGCGUCAAGAACCACCCGGCAUGCCACGACCGGUGAAACGCCUUCACGGCUCCUGCUGGGCUACCAGCCGGUGACGCGAUUUGACCGCCUGAAGCCCAGUCUGGAGCGCAACGUCAGGAUGAAGCAGUCCACCCAAGUUCAGCAGCACAAGAAGCGUCACCCUACCAGCCGGCCAACGCUGUCUCCAGGAGAUAUGGUGCUCGCUCGCUACUACCGUCAGGCCGAUGUCGUGGAUCCCUGGAGCCGAGCGACAGCCAUCCGGACUCGCCGCGCCCUGGUGUUGGAGCGCGCUCUGGCUCCGCCGGCGGCUCGCAUGCCGCUACUCCGCUGGACACUGCCCUGGCCUCGCCAGGAGGAGGCGCAGAGGCGGUGCGGCCUGCGUCCCCUGUCGACGUCGACGAGCCGGGGGACUCUGUUCGGCCACCCGAGGACCGCCGAACCGCGUCUCCCGCCCGCGUCGCUGACGGCGUGGGAGCGAGGGAUGCCGAUGGGGAAGAAAGGCGCUAUCCUGUGCGCGUGAGGCGAGCGCCUGAUCGUUUCGGACACUGAUGUGCCGUGAUUCUAUCCGGUAGAAACCGUGACUGAUUCAGUUAAUUUUGUUUUGUUAACUCUGACCAUUGACUCGUUCAAUGUGUCAUUUUGGUGUCGGGGAGGUGUAGUGUCUGAGUGUAUUAAGUGCCGUGCCGGCCUGUCCGCACUGUAGCGAGUGGCGCCCCGCCCUCCUCUGUGAUCACGUGAUCUUGUGACCGCCGACCAAUUCCUGGCCGGCUGGGUCAGUCGGUGCCGGGCAGCCAGCCAAUACAGGCCUAUCGAGGA